CAUAAACCCUAGAGCGUUCCAGCUUCGCCCGGAGAGAUAUAUAUACCACAGACCACAGAGAAUCUUGGACGUAAUACCCAACACUGUUGCUAGGGGCAUCACCAACGAGCAGAAUCCGAGAGAGAAACCCCGACUGGCAUCGAAACGGAAGACGCCUUCACAUAGACCAGACACCAUGCAAUCUCCAGCAACCCGCCGGUCAACAUCACACGCCUGGGCCCGCGCCAGCGCAGCAAUAGCCAUCGCAUCGCUGCUCGGCAGCGCAUAUUAUAUCUGGGCUGCGCGGCGGAAGCCGUCAUCUGGCGGUGCGGGUGGGAGUGUUGAGGGAGUUGGGGAGCGGUUUGUGAGGGGUGCGGCAGAGGCUUUGGCGGCAUCGGCGGCGGUGGCAAAGAAGACGUGGAAGGGGCAGAGGGUUAUGACGAUCUCGAUGAAGAAUAUCGUGGUAUGGAACCCAUCACCAGACCCCACCACACCCAUCUACGCCUUCCGCGAAUCCGCCCUCCCCUUCCUCACCAGCCUCGUCUCAAACCCGCGCAACCAAAUCCACCUCAUCAUGGUCGUCACCUCCGACGAAGAAGAAGCCCAAGUCCGCUCCCUCCUCCUAUCCUCCAACCUCUACAACCUCGGCCUCGACCCGCGCCGCGUCGUCUUCUGCUCAACAGAAGAAGGCAAAGGCCACAUCGUCCGACACAUCGAGCCCUCGGUGCACGUCGAGAGCAACGACGACGUCAUCACCAAACUGGCACCGUUCGUGCAACGUAUCGUGAGAGUGAAGAAAAAGGUCGUGGCCGCAUCCGACAGCGAGGCAUCCUCACCCCCCCAAUCCCACCUUUUCAACACCGCAAAAUCCGGACACAACCGCUUCCCCUCCCUCUCCACCUCUCCCGGAAAACCAACCUGGCCAAUCCUCUCCGGCGGCGCAUCCCUCUCCGGCCGCACAUCCAGCGCACCCGGCGGUCUCACCAGCGCUUCAGCCUCCGGGUUACGGCACACCCCACUGUUGCCGACACCCUCGACGAAUGGAAUAACCGGCACAUCCCCACUAGCCUCCCACGCCAUCCCCACCCCGGCCGGCUCAGCCCCGAUGUCCCGCCGCCCCUCCUCAGCAGGCGUCGUCCUCUCCCGCACGCCCACACUCACGUUCGACCUCAACUCCGUCUGUUCCGCCGAACACCUGCCCCUUUCGAGUGAGGCCACCGAUCUCUUCCACAUGCACCCGUCGCGUCAUCAUAAUAGUCAGAGUCAUAGCCAUGGGGACAUGAUCCAUCUCCCUGCUGUGAGUGAUACGGAAGACGAGGCGGAUCUGUUUGAUGCGAAGGUUGAGGCUGCGGCUCUGGCGGCGGCGGUGAUUGGGGAGAGGUUUCCGAAUGUGGAGUUUGUGGAGAGUUUGGGGGCGUGUGGGUUGGCUGCGGAGGUGUAGAUGGUGGGGGGAUGUGGGGAUCGCCU